AUGGAUCAACCCGCCCAGACUCUUUCUUACCGCCGCAUUAAAUCAAACGGCACAUUCAUCAUCUCUAUCCAACAAGGAGAUGGUAUUGCAGUUCCAGCUUAUGAAGUUCUCGUAUCGAACCUAGAACCCAACCUCACGAUCUCCCGCCUGCAAACUGUAUACCCUCCUCCACAACAGGUACCUCAUCCAUCUCUGGGUCAAUAUGGCCAUCUAUACGCACCGCCAGCACAACCGAACACUUUUCCAACCCACCAACAGCAUCAACAAUAUCAUCCACCCUACCCUUCAUAUCAACACCAGCAACCCCAAUCUGAGCCACAGCCACAACAGUAUCAUCAAUACCAAACGCCCAACCUCCCUCAGCGGUUCAAAACAACAAUCGGCACAAUAACUCUCUCCUCGAUGUCUUCCAAAAUCACCUUCUCAAUCCACAACCAAACAGACCUCAAAAUGAAACGUCCAGACUUCCUCUCCAGUGCCCAUCAAUUUACCCAUCCUCAGUAUGGCCCUCUCUCCUGGAAGGAAAGUGACCUGCAUGACAAAAAGUACAAACUCGUGGACUCGAAUAAGAACGUGCUAGCUCGAUUCGAUAAGUACAAGCCGGCGGAGGAGAAGGCCAGAUCGUCCUUGUGGAGCUCGUCAUCCAAAAAGGGGAAGGGCUGGGCUUUUUCAAUAUUCGUGAACGCGGAUCCAGAAUUCUUGGACUGGAUCGUGGUUUCCGGGUUGGGGGUGGUUGAGUAUCGAAUUGUCAGUGAUGGGGCUUGGGAGGAGGCACUUAUUGAUGGGGUGGGUGAAGCACUCGGUUAG